CCCGCCCAGGCUCCUCCUGCCACGGCCCCCCCUCCACGCGCCCUGCAUACUAAGGCGCCCGGUCCUCCGCGCUCCACUCCCUGGCCGAGCUUCCCAGCUACCCGAACGUCCCCCUUGCGCCUCGCCACCAAGGUUUCAAAAGACCUCAUCAAAAUGCCAUCUCAAAUGGAACAUGCCAUGGAAACAAUGAUGUUCACCUUUCACAAAUUUGCUGGGGAUAAAGGCUACUUAACGAAGGAGGACCUGCGAGUACUCAUGGAAAAGGAGUUCCCUGGAUUUUUGGAAAAUCAAAAAGACCCCCUGGCUGUGGACAAAAUAAUGAAGGACCUGGACCAGUGCCGAGAUGGCAAAGUGGGCUUCCAGAGCUUCUUCUCCCUGAUUGCGGGGCUCACCAUUGCCUGCAACGACUAUUUUGUAGUACACAUGAAGCAGAAGGGAAAGAAGUAGGCGGCCAGGACGGGUACCCCUGCCCCGUGAGAGUCAUAUCCAAGGGUCCCUUAAGGAAUCUGCCCCACGGCUUCCCCUUGAUAAGGAUUUCAUGAGCAAACUGGGACCCUUAGAAAAUGUACAGAUCAAAUCCAACCCCCAUUGGCCACAAAAGAAAGAAAAGUUAAUGCAAGCCAGAUAAGCUCUUGGUUUUAUAUUGCUUGCCUCCUCUUGCCCUCAAUAAAAAAAAUUCCUUUUUUAGUU